AUGUACACAAUUUACACAACGCUCUUAUAUGCUGCAUACAGCAUCAAAACGGUCAGCCCAUAUUUUCAAGCAGUUGUCCAAGCGCUAGCCGCUGCUUCGAACAUCGAAAAAACAAUCAAUCAAUCGAAGACAGAUACGACACAAAAACUCGCUAAGCAGCCGGUUAAUUUCAUUGGCGAUAUUGACUUUAUCAAUGUCUCUUUUUCUUAUCCUACCCGAUCAGACGUGACAAUUCUGAAUAAUUUGUCAUUUCAUGUCAGAUCUGGGCAAACUGUUGCCUUCGUAGGAUCAUCUGGAUCAGGAAAAUCAACGUGUGUGCAACUUCUACAAAGAUUCUACGAAAUCAGUUCAGGUCAAAUACUUAUUGAUGGCAUAGAGCUCAAUGAAUAUGACCUCAAAUGGUUACGACAACAAAUCGGUGUUGUUAGUCAAGAACCUGUUCUAUUUCAUACAACUAUUCGAGAAAAUAUUUUCUUUGGAGCGGAUUCAGCUACCGAUGAAGAAAUCCACCAAGCAGCUAAAAUAGCAAAUGCACACGAUUUUAUAAUGUCUUUACCAGAUAAAUACGAAACUCAAGUUGGAGAACGUGGGUUAGCGUUGUCAGGUGGACAAAAGCAAAGAAUCGCCAUUGCUAGAGCACUUCUUCGGAAUCCUAAAAUCUUACUUCUGGAUGAAGCUACGAGUGCACUUGACAAUGAAAGUGAAGCCAUUGUUCAGGAUGCCUUGGAUCGUGCUGCACAAGGUCGAACAACAAUCGUCAUAGCACAUCGUUUAUCAACAAUACGUCACGCUGAUCAUAUCAUUGUAUUGAAAAACGGAGAAAUAGUUGAAGAAGGCAACCAUGAAUCAUUGAUACGAGCUAAGAGUGUUUAUUUCGAACUGGUUCAACAGCAACUUAUUCGUCAAGCCGGGGAAGAAGAAGAAUUGACAUUUGAACAGCAAGAAAUGAGAAAACAAUUUCUUUCAGAUCAAUCACAUUUAGAUGUGACCAGGGACAGAAGUUCAUCGGUCAUUAGUACGACACCAUCAGUGCUGACAAAACUGUACGGAAAAGAAAGCACAAUAGUCAAUUAUGAUGAUGCUCAGGUUGAUAACAAGAUGAAAAGCACAAAGGAAAAACAAAGCAAUCCAAUAUCAGACAUUCUCGAAAUGGCCAAACCAGAACGGAUAUGGAUAGGUGUUGGAUGCCUUAUGUCGAUGAUUACUGGCGCAAUCUGUGUAUUGCCUAGUAUUUUUCAGGUGAAUGUCAUGACGGCCUUUCAAGAAUGCGACAUUGAUACACAACACCACAAAAUCAACAAAAAUAUCCUUACAACUGUUGGUUGCGCAUUUAUUUAUUUGAUAUGUCAAUUAGUUCUAAGUAGUACGUUUGCUUAUUCUGGCGGCAAUAUUACUCGGCGCCUUCGCUUGAAAACAUUCUAUGCUAUUCUUUGCCAAGAUGCCGGUUUUUUCGACAACGCAAAAAACAGCACAGGGGCGUUAUGUACUAUUCUGGCAACAGACGUAUCAACGAUACAAGAUACGACUGGUGUCGUAUUGGGUUCUAUUUUACAAAAUCUAGCUGUUUACUGCACUUGUUUCGUCGUUGGGUUCAUCUAUUCAUGGCAAUUAGCAUUGCUUAGCUGUGCCUUUCUCCCCAUAGACAUAUGUGGGCUUUGUGCACAGAUAUACUUCACAAAGCGGCUUGCCCAUAAACAACAAAAACUCCUACAAGACGCUGGAAAGAUCACGGUGGAAACCAUACAAAAUAUCCGGACAGUGGUUCAAUUGACGAAAGAAGAACAUUUUUACAAUGAAUAUUCUCGAAUACUGAAUGUUCUUUAUCGGUUAUCAAGAAAACAGAUACACAUAAUAAGCCUAUUGAUUUCUAUAAUGUUCGCCACGAAUACUUUCUGUGUAACGGCCAUUCUAUCUUUGGGCACCACUCUUCUUGAUAAGCAGAUUAUUACCGAUGUGAAUGCAGUUGUGAUUAUGGAUGCUGUGGUAUAUUUCAGCCAAGUAGCUGUUUAUGAUUUCGUAUCGGUUCCAAGUUACGGUAAAGCUAUCGUAGCCGCUAGGAAUAUCUUCAAUAUAAUAAAACGAAAACCUCCGAUUAACAAUCAAUCUACGGAUGGUGAUAAAAUUCCAAACUGUACUGGUCAUGUCGAUUUUAAAGAUGUUUAUUUUGUAUAUCCAACUCGCAGAGAUUCAAUUAUUCUAAAAAAAUUCAAUUUUACCAUCAAAUCAGGACAAAAAGUCGCACUUGUUGGUUCUUCAGGCUCUGGAAAAUCAACAAUGAUUCAGUUGAUCGAACGGUUCUACGAUCCAGAUUUUGGUCAAAUCUUUAUUGAUUCAAAAGACAUUCGAAGUCUUGAUUUACAAUGGUAUCGAUCACAAAUCAGUAUUGUUUCACAAGAACCGGCCCUUUUCGACACAUCUAUUCGUGAGAACAUUGCAUACGGUGAUAACAGUCGCCAAGAUAUUCCAUUGGAGGAAAUCAUUGAAGCAGCCAAAAAUGCGAAUAUCCACGAUUUCAUUCAACAACUUCCGGAUGGAUAUGAAACAAGUUGUGGCGCUAAAGGCCUUCGAUUAUCCGGUGGACAAAAGCAGCGAAUUGCCAUUGCACGUGCACUGCUUCGAAAUCCCAAGAUUUUGCUACUUGACGAAGCAACAAGUGCGUUGGAUAGCGAGAGCGAAAAGAUUGUUCAGGAGGCAUUGGAGCGUGCACAAGAAAAUCGAACAUCAAUUACUAUUGCCCAUCGUUUGUCUACAGUACAAAACUGUGAUGUUAUUUAUGUAAUGCACAAUGGAAUGAUUGUCGAAUAUGGAACUCACGCAGAUUUACUUGCACGUAGUGGAUAUUAUUAUCGACUGAUCCAAGGGAAACUCAAAUAA